ACUUUAUACAGGUUUGCUGACUGCCACAAGGAAUGGCUAGGCAGAACAGUGAUAAACAAUUGUUCAUUUGUUAGUCAGCAAAACCACAGGCAGCUGUUUAGAAGAACUCCUUGUGGCCAGCCUCUUUUAAAGGAAGUACUUCUCAAAAAUGGUAAAAAAAGACUUUACCCCUUAAAAGUAUACUGUUAUAAUAGUAUCCUAGAGAGCUUGAAAAGAUUAGUGAACAAACCAACAUUCAUGGCUAAUUGUGAAUUGUGGCGAAAGAGGAACAUACCAAAGGGUUUCCUUGCUGAUGUCUUUGAUGGCAAAGUGUGGAAAGAUUUUAUGUAUAUUGAAGGAAAGCCCUUUCUGGCAGAACCAAGGAACUAUGCAUUGAUGCUUAACGUAGAUUGGUUUCAACCAUUCAAACAUUCAAUUUAUAGUGUGGGUGCUUUGUAUAUGGUUUUCAUGAACUUACCAAGAGAACUUAGAUUCAAGACAGAAAAUGUUAUUCUUGUAGGCAUUAUACCAGGGCCUCAUGAGCCUAAAUUAAAUAUCAACUCCUAUCUGAAACCCCUUGUUGAAGAACUUAACACACUUUGGCAGGGAGUACAACUAAAGGUCGAAAGCAAUGACACAUUCCGUGCAGCCCUACUAUGUGUUGGAUGUGAUAUUCCUGCUGCAAGAAAAGUUUGCGGUUUUACUGGACAUUCUUCUUGUCACGGGUGUUCAAAAUGCAAGAAGGUUUUCACUGGAAAUGUCUCUGAGAGAAUGGACUUUUCUGGGUUUGAACCUUGUUCACCAAGAACAAAUUUUGAACAUCGGCAGCAGGCUGAAGACAUUUUGAAGCAAACAUCUCAAAGUGAUAGAAAUACUAAAGAACAACAAUAUGGAACACGAUACACUGAGCUCAUGAUGCUGCCAUACUUUGAUUGUGUCAGAUUCCACAUUAUUGAUCCUAUGCAUAAUUUAUUCACAGGAACAGCAAAACAUGUCAUGCGUAACAUUUGGCUGGAAAGCUCUUCUCCAAUAAUAGAAAAAAAAGAUCUUGAAAAUAUUCAAAAAAAGAUUGACAAGAUUGAUGUGCCAUCAAGUGUUGGCAGACUUCCAAAGAAGAUAGUCAACUCCUACGGAGGAUUUACUGCUGAUCAAUGGAAAGUUUGGACAAUCAUCUAUUCUAUCUUUUCUUUGUGGGACAUUUUACCAAACCAAGAUUUAGAGGUGUGGCGCAGUUUUGUUUUAGCUUGUAGUUUCUUGUGUACACCCAUCAUUACUGAAACUAAAGCUAGAUUAGGACACUACCAUCUCAUGAAGUUUUGUCAAGACUUUGAAAAACAUUAUGGACCGGACAAGGUGACGCCAAAUAUGCAUUUGCAUAUGCACAUUCUCGAGUGUAUAAUGGAUUUUGGGCCAGUAUACUCCUUCUGGCUCUUUAGCUUUGAGAGAUUGAAUGGCAUUUUAGGAGAGUUUUCAACUAACCAAAGAUCAGUUGAGAUUCAAAUCAUGCGAAAAUUUUUAUCUGAACAAUAUGUAAAAGCUCUCAGUCCUCCUACAGCAUUUGAUGAAUAUUUUGGUCCUAUUUUGAAAAAAAUGACAUCAUCUUCUUCAGGAACUCUCCGUGUGACAACCAGUAACAGUUCUUCAUGUCAAGUUAUUAAACAAAGCAUGCUUUCCAUUGGUCCAGUAAGGAAGGGGAACUUUUGGGCAUUUUCAGUCCAAGAAUCAUUUAUUAACCUUCUUAAUCCUAUUUACAAGUACAGCAUAAGUAGCAACUCUCUUCCUGACCUCAAGGACUCAUAUCAAGCCUUCCUAGAUAAUGUAGAUACCACUACAGUGACAAUUCAUUGUGAAUUGGUCUCUGCUGUAAAUAUAGCUGGUGAAAUCUUUGGCUCAUUCAACUCAAGACAUAAGAGGUCUUCAUAUGUUCUAGCAGCGUGGUGUGGCUUCAAUGGUAGGGUCGACACAAGUGGUGCCAACGUGCGACCUGGUGUUGUUCAGCAGUUUAUCCGGCAAAAUGUCAUGGUUGAUGGUCAUCACUCAACAUAUAUACUGGCUGAAGUGAAGUGGUACCAACAGCACCCAAAAAGACACAAACUAGGUGUUCCUAUUGAGGUCUGGUGUAGAGAUUUUGAUUGUGAAGGCCCAGCUAAUUUUAUCCCUCUCCAAAGACUCUAUGGCAAGUUUGUUCCAGCUUACCAAGUGAUUGAUCAUGAAACUGUUCUUGUUGUCUGUCCAAUGACAAAACACCUCCAAUGCUGAUUCAAAGAACUUUGAUUGUUGUUACUCAGUAAUGGUAUGGAUAUAAUUGCAUUUGUAUAUGUAUUGGUUUACUAAAGUUCAUUUAGUUCAAGUCUGGAUUUCUAUUAAACUUUGCACAAUAUUUUUCUGUCUACAAGACACUAGAUACAUAUAAACAACAUCUGCAAUUUGUGUUCUUUACACCAUCAAUUUGUUUAAUAACCUUACAUCAUUUUAUGAUUAUAACUGAAAUUCAACAUUAAGUUAAUUGCUAUACUUUUCUCUUUUUUGAGAAAUGCUAUUGACUGAACAAUGUGAAUAAAUUAAGUGUUGAAACAACCAAACUCUAUAACAUCCAAAGGUUAAAGGGUAAUUACUACUACUAAAGUCAUUCUUUAUGUUAAGCUUUGUUCAUUUGUCAUCAGUUAAACUGCAACUACCUGUAGUUUCUUAAAUAGCAAUAUAGAUAAAUAUUUUAGAAAGCAAAAUACAUACUGUAGUUCAUUCACCCUUGGGGCAAUAGGAUUACAGUGCAGACACAGUAAGUGGGUUCACUUAGUUGACAAUCAAUCAAAUGGUAUAUAGUUUUUAGGCACAAUGAUGAUAUGGAUACAAUGUAUUUCAAAGUCUUUUGAUUUUUGAGACCUAUUAGAGUGUCUGCUCUGUAAUUAUGCCUUAUUUACCUUCGAGUUAGUUUCAUAGGCCUGACAAAAUAUAUUAUAGUAUACAUUUAUAGUGUGGCCACUUAAACCAGGAACAUAUGAAUAUAGCCAACCAAUCAAAAACAGCAAAAACCACACAAAUUGACAACAGCAUUGACCAAUCAAAUCAAAUUGUUCCAAUGCUGAUAAAAAAAACUCAGCUAAAAGCUGCAAUAUGAUUGGUUGGUAGUCCCAAAUUGUCUUGAUGACACUGCUUUCUGUUGCCACACUGCUAAAAACUUUUGAAGAUAAUAUUAAAGCUAAACAGCAAAACAGGUUUUUAUUGUACAGAAUUUACAACAUUACAACUGCAUGCAUCUUAAAUCAAAAUAUGAUAUCAUCUAUUAGACAUUAUUUCAAAUACACAUCAAAAAAUUAUGAAUCUUGAGUUUGUAUGUGAUUUAUUGUUGUAGCUGUUUUCAAAUUGUUGUGUUUUGGAUCAUCUCUGUUGAUUUGUCCACCAGGGCUGCUUGCUUGUAAUACUGUAUGCAAAAAAUUUAUUAUAUGGUGAGCUUUGUCUGUCUUUGUCCUCUCAUAGUGAGAAUGCUUAAUUAAUCUUGAAAUAAUAAUCAUGUACUGAUGAAUAAAUUAUGAAUGAGCAGUUAUUUGUGCUCAUUUUCCUUCUGUGUUUAAAUGACAAAACCAUUCAGAGUCUUGAGUGAUUGAAGUUAUGAUUAUUAUUGUUAAUGGAUAUUUUUACAAUAUUUUAGAGUGG